CACCCCUGGUUCAACUACACAUGAUUGUGGGAGGUGAUUGUAUCCCCCACAGUGCACUGGGUUUGGAUGCUUCAUAAAAGUAGUGAGUGGAAAACGCAUUCUGGCCGUGUGAGACGCUGGCUGUGGAUCGGUAGUUCCUUGGAACGAACAGUUAUAACAAUGAGGGAAAUUUUGCACAUCCAGGCUGGACAAUGCGGGAACCAGAUCGGAGCCAAGUUUUGGGAAGUGAUCAGUGAUGAACAUGGAAUUGAUCCUUCUGGAAGUGCUUGUGGAGAUAGUGACAUACACUUGGAAAGGAUCAAUGUCUACUACAAUGAAGCAACUGGUGACAAAUACGUUCCCCGUGCAAUUCUCGUGGAUUUGGAACCUGGUACCAUGGAUUCCGUCAGAUCUGGGCCAUAUGGACAGAUAUUUAGACCAGAUAACUUUAUAUUUGGUCAAAGUGGUGCUGGAAAUAACUGGGCCAAGGGUCAUUACACAGAGGGAGCUGAACUGGUAGAUGCAGUACUUGAUGCUGUAAGGAAGGAGUCUGAGAGUUGUGACUGUUUACAGGGAUUCCAACUCACUCACUCUCUGGGUGGUGGCACUGGCUCCGGAAUGGGAACCCUCCUCAUCAGCAAGAUCCGUGAGGAAUAUCCCGACCGUAUCAUGAACACCUUCAGUGUCAUGCCCUCCCCUAAAGUUUCCGACACGGUAGUGGAACCAUACAAUGCUACCCUGUCUGUGCACCAGCUGGUGGAGAAUACAGAUGAGACAUACUGCAUUGACAACGAAGCCCUUUACGACAUCUGCUUUCGUACUAUGAAGUUGACCACUCCCACCUAUGGAGAUCUCAAUCACUUGGUCUCUGCUACCAUGAGCGGGGUCACCACCUGCCUUCGCUUCCCCGGACAACUUAAUGCCGAUCUUCGCAAGCUGGCCGUUAACAUGGUCCCCUUCCCUCGGUUACACUUCUUUAUGCCAGGAUUUGCGCCACUUACCAGCCGUGGCAGCCAGAAUUACAGAGCACUCACCGUGCCAGAGCUAACUCAGCAAAUGUUUGAUGCUAAAAACAUGAUGGCGGCCUGCGACCCAAGGCACGGGCGCUACUUGACUGUUGCUGCCAUAUUCCGAGGCCGAAUGUCCAUGAAGGAGGUGGACGAGCAGAUGCUCAACAUCCAGAACAAGAACAGCAGCUACUUUGUGGAGUGGAUUCCCAACAAUGUUAAAACAGCCGUUUGUGACAUCCCACCAAGAAACCUCAAGAUGUCCUCCACCUUCAUUGGUAACAGCACUGCCAUCCAGGAGUUGUUCAAGCGCAUUUCAGAUCAGUUCACCGCCAUGUUCCGCAGGAAGGCUUUCUUGCACUGGUACACUGGAGAGGGAAUGGAUGAAAUGGAGUUCACGGAGGCAGAGAGCAACAUGAAUGACCUGGUAUCUGAGUACCAACAGUACCAGGAUGCCACUGCAGAUGAACAGGAAGAGUUUGAAGAGGAGGAGGUGGAAAAUGACGAAGCAUAAAUUCAAAGGAAUCUUUAAGAGGCUGCAACAGCAAUUUGCGGAACAAUUCAUAAUCUGUGUUGAAUUCUGCGUAAUUUGCCAACCUUUUAAUCAAGAUGCUGUGAUACUGAGAGUACUGUAAAGAUGGGAUCUUUUUUGAAGAUUGUAUGUGUGUUUGUUUGUCUGCGUGUAGUUCUAAUCAAGCACUGCCCCAUUAUGGUAAAUUAUUAAAUCAAAACUUUAGAGAAAAUAUUGCCUGCUUUUAUGAAUUGGCCUGAAACACGACUGAAGCUGUCUUCAUUUCUUUUCCAUUUAUAAUAGAUUUUGGAGUACUACAUGUAUGUUUUUAACACAAAAUUACCUUUACAGUUUUGGUGCUGACAGUAGACCCUUAUGUACUCUUUCAGAUUUUAUCUUUCCGUAGUGGGAAACAAUGUUGUCAACUGGGGAAAAAACCCUUUGCGAGCUUUGUCCAUUAUUUGUUAUGAGGAUAGAUUGACACAAUUUUUAAAAAACAGCUCCUGCAGUUUUUUAGUAUAAUUAUAUUCUUUCUGAGAUAAAGUAAGAGUACUAAAGUGUAUUGAAUAAAUCUGGGACUCAAGGGCUUUAGUUAGUUUGUUUUAUAAAGCAACUAUUUCAUGGACGUAACUUUCCCUAGAAGUGUGGUACAAUGGACUGUUGAAUAGUGAGUGUUGAGAUCUGAUAGAGCUACAUUGACCAAAAUGCAGAUAUAGGCCCAUGAAAUGUGACUUCCACUUCCAUGAACUGCUAAGCCCCAGCACUGACUCUAUUUGGAUCUGUGGUCAUUCUCUGUAUUGCAUGCAAAUCUAACUUUGUCUUUCUGCCAUGCUAAUAAAUGCGUAACACUU